AUGGUCUCAUUCUUCCCUCCCAUCUUUCUACCCGAAAUUAAUUUCUCUUCCCCUCCCUUUCUUUUUUUUUGGCUAGGUGAGAAGGCUGGAAAUGAGCCUGAAGAGGUGAAGCUGCAGAAUGCUAGCAAACAGAUUGUGCAGAACGCCAUCCUGCAAGCUGUGCGGCAAGUCUCCCAGGAGAGUCGGUGCCGGGAAGACAGAACCAGCGACAACCGGGGCCGCUUCCAGCUGGGCGUGGGGGAGUUAACCAAGAAGCAUGAAAAGAAGUAACAGGGUGGAUUUGGCUCUUGUCACAUGCUCGGUUUCCAGCCUUCCUCUUAGUAUAGGACGCCUUGCCAAAAUGUUGCCAAAAGCAAACCAAAGUGUCAUCGGCACCUAGCAGUAGAAUGAAUUCGCACUAGCCCCUGGCUGAGAAGCACUGUUUUGAAAAAGUGCUUUUGACAAUUCUGUUCAUAUUUAUGCAGUGCCUCUGAAACACAGUGGGGCCAAAUAUGACACUGUAAUUGCAAAAGUAGUUUGCAGCCCAAUUUAU